UUAUCAAAUUUCAUAUCUCACCUUCUUCCGGCUAACUGGCGAGGGCCCACGCUAGUCCUCUGUUAUGGUACAAUCCGGGAGUUCAAUUGGCCUCCUUGAUGUUAGCGAAAAGUGGGCUUGACAUUUCACCAUAAAUGGGCUUUUCUUGGCCAAGACGGCACACCAUGGAUUACGAAACCACCUUCAGUCCCUAAUCUUAUCCCCACUAUGCUGAGCCCAUUUUGGCCUUUCCACUUUUUUUACUAACGAAGCUGCUCAACUUUAUUUUCUUCUUCUGAAUAGCUCCCUAAGCAUCUCAUUGUCGAGCACUGGUUGAAUUUUCGUCAAUAACUAGAGACUGUAGAACAAGCCGAGACGACUCUAUCUUUCCUAUCACAAAUCACAAAACUAAAACGUACCAAAAAAUUGCAUCAUUUUGAAACUCUACUAUAACCAACUUUUUUUUUUUUUUCCUAAAAGGCCUUCACCUCGAUUAAGUUGGAGGACAUUUUGGUCGUUUCUUAUGUGCUUUAAAGGGAUUAACACCAAAUUUACAGAAAGGUUAUAAUCAGAUGGAAGAUUGAACAUUGAAGUAACACAACACCUAGCCAGAAGUAACGUGGAGCUGCCAGCACCAAACAAAACUGGGGGCCCAAUAAACAUCUUCGUGGAUCAAAACCGGAAAAAAACCCACGCGCUCACAACCUAUCAACAGCUCUAAUUCUAUCCCCAAAUUUCUCAUCUUCUCCACAUCCUCCGCCAAUCCUUCUCCCAUUUCACAACCAAUGAUGCUCCUCCGUAGCGCCGCCGUCUCCUCCUCCGCCACCGCCGCGAAUGUUCGCCUUACCGCCGCCACUCACUCCUCCCGAACCCCUCGUCGGACGACGAACAUCAAUUCCCUCUCUGUAAAAGCCAAAUACGCAAUCUCCAACGAGGACCUCGAGUCCCGCGGCUUCCUCCUCCGGCGAACCGCCGCCGACCUCGACCUGGACCAGCUGAACGCCGUGUUUGUCCGGGUCGGGUUCCCGAGGCGGGACCCGGAGCGGAUCAAGGUGGCGCUGGACCACACCAGCUCCCUGCUAUGGGUGCAGGACAAGCGGAGCGGGUGGCCCGUCGCCUUCGCCCGGGCCACCGGCGACGGGGUGUUCAACGCCAUCAUCUGGGACGUGGUGGUCGACCCGUCGUUUCAGGGGAUCGGGUUGGGGAAGGCGGUGAUUGAGAGGCUGGUGGAUGAGAUUUUGGAGCAAGGGAUUGUGAACAUUGCGCUGUAUUCGGAGCCCCGGGUUCUCGGGUUUUACCGCCCGCUGGGGUUCGUUGCCGACCCGGAUGGGAUCCGCGGGAUGGUGUUCUCCAGGAGGAAUAAGAAGUGAAUGAAUGGUUCAGGUUAUUACACGUGGCCGUCUCGUUCUUCUUGUUCUUCUUUAGUUUUAUUUUUGACAUUUUCUUUUGUCCAUUUAAAUUCUCUUUUUCAAUUUUUAGGUUUUCAUAAGAUAUUGAGAGAAAGAAGCCUAAAGAAACCUCCUUUGUAGAUUUUGUAGAAAAUGUAUGUUUUGUAAUUUGAAUUCAAUUUCACAUCAUUAUCCGUAUCUAAUAAAAUGAGUUGUGAGUAACGACAUGAUCAUUAUUGUCACCAACAUCAAGAUCAUUUAGAAUGUUUGUGAACACUAACGCGAUGAUCGCAGUCAAUGGCGGAUCCAGGGGGUGGCCACCCCGGGCCCCGGCCCAGCCCUCCUCUGGAUCCAUAGUUAGUAUAAGCCUUAUGAAUUUUUCGAUUUUAGAUAUUCGGGUCGUUGUUAUUUUAAAAUAAGAUUGGGUAUAAUUAGAAAAAUAAUUCAGAUGAACAUAUUCAAAAUCACUACUCUAAAUUUAGCUUAUAAAUUCUAACCCCAAAGGUUAUUCGUCUAAAAAAACAAUGAAACCUAAAAAUUCAAAAAGUUUAAAACGUAAAAGACUAAAACAUAUAUGAGGUUUGUUACCUUGAAAAUUUACUAGAGCAGCGGGUGGAUAUAGGUAUGGAAACACAAUGCAAAUUGAUUAGUAGAUUGAUUUGUCUGAUGUUGAUGCUGCUCGUUUCAACAACUAAUACGAAGAGAACCUUUUCAACAAUGAAACAUGUGAAAAUUGAUUUGCGCAACAAAAUGAGCGAUAAAUUUCUAGUCGAUUGCUCAAGUAUUUUAUUUGAAACAGUGUAUACUAUUGGUAUGGAUGUGGACUCCAUUAUUAAUGCAUUCGCUAAAUUGAAAUACCACCGUGUACAAUUUACAUUGUAAAUAAAUUAUAAUCAUGAUAUUUUUUUAUUAUUCUAAUUUUCUAAUAAAAUGCGGCCCAGUGCACUUCUGUGUUCUGGAUCCGCCACUAAUCGCAGUUAUCGGGAUCUCGACCUUCAAUUCCAUGAUAAUAUUGUGACAAUAAUGUCUAGGAUUUCAUACUCUCGUGUCUCGCCUACAACACCAUCCUCGUCUUCAGAUUCCAGAGAGCAAGGAUUUGGGAACCAUACAUCAUCAACUCGUAGUCUGGACUAAUGGUCACGUAUGCAAGAUGAGCAACGGGGUUGUUAAGAUCAAAACUCAAAGUUCUACCAUAAGAUGAGAGCAAGUAAAUAGUUGAUGCAUCCAAAAUACAUACAAUUCUAGUUCUGGAGUGGAACUCCACAAGCCUCUUCCCAGUGAGACUUUGUUUGUUUACCAGUGAAUGACUGCGAAGUGAGGAGUUAUCUCGUUUCAGUAAUUGGGCCAGGCCUGUCUUCCAGCUCCUUGUAGUAGGGCUGCAAGAUCCACGGUGGCCAAUAUUAUUUUCGGUCUCUGGGCUUAUUUUUGGAGCUCCACUGAAAUCUCAUAAACUACACUUAGAAGUAGAGCCCAAAUCGGUAGUGAUAUAUAUUUUUUAUAAAGGUUACGUAAAUUU